CGCCAGGCGGUUACAAUCCGCGGAUCGUUCAUCACUUUCACCGACCAUUUAGCUAGCAUUGCGUUCGGCCUCCUUACCUCUAGUCUCCACGGCCGCACACUUCACUCGAAUGGAGAGAUGUCGUUAAAUUCUUGAGGGCACCACAUGAGACGAAAUAAGAAUAAAAGUCAACUAAUCGUUACGGGCAUUACAAAAGCUACGCUAAUCGUAUGGCUUAUUUUGAAUUCCGUUGCUUUGACUGAACAUAUUUGAGAGACGCAAGCUUGGAGCAUACCGUAUACAGACAUACAUGCUCUAAGGACACAAGCCAUAAACUUAUGCACAGACCAUGCGGGAAUUUGCUUUCCGGCGCAACCCUGCCAACUUCUCUCGGCAGUUGGCAGUGCCGCAUUUCUUCUUGUAAUUCUGUAAACAAGCAGCAUGCGAUUUUUUAAAAUAUAACGGAUCUGUGCUCACCGAACAAUAAAAUGUAGCUUAUGACAGUAUUAUUCCUGAGAACAAGGUGUCAAUCGAGCAUUAAUCGAUCUCGGAAUUAUAAUUGCUUAGUAGUGACUAAAUAAUUCUGACAUCAAUUUGUAAAAAGUGAAAUAGUGUUUUUGACGGUUGGAUUUGAUUUGCGAUCAAUGAACUUGAUGUAUAAGUCGAUACAUUCACAUUUCAUUACCACCUACACCAUUCUAAUCCUAUAUUUUUAAGAAGAUCCUACAUUUUAAUGAUGGCCUUGGAAGCAUCAAUAGUGGAACGUCUCCAAGAGUUGAGACGCUGGCAAGUGCAGCAGCAAGAAAGAUUGCUUCAACACCAGCAAGAGCAACGUGAAACCUUGAGCCGUGAACAAGUCCGCAUGUAUCAAGCACUGGGCUUGUCUGUUCAAGACAUAAGCGGCGAAGAAAAUAGAAGUAUUGAUCCUGUUUUCAAAGAUUCCUUAGAAGAAAACUGUGUGAUCGAUACAGCUACAAUGAAACAUGAGAAUCUCCUGAAAAUUCUUCCUGCAAAUGCUGACCCUAUAAAACACUUGUCACCUCAAAGGCAGCACGAAUUGCCCUAUGAUUCUAGCUUUAGUUCACCCCAUCAACAUAUCGUACCUGACAAAAAGAGUGUAGAUACUCCUGAAGCUACUCAGUUGUCAAAAAAUUUUGAAAAACAGCUUUUUGAACUAUGUAUUGAUGAUUCGUUGAGCAUUGCUGCAAGAUCAGAUGCUUCAGAUAAUUUGGAUGCCAUUGCUAGUGAUAAAAAGGAUAGCAGGGAAGUUAACUUUAGGACAGAGUUAAAGGAGGCUUGUAAAAGUAUUCCAGAAUUGUUAAUUGAAGGUGUAGAACCAUUGCCACCAGACAAGCCUAAAAGGAAGUCCAUCAUUAUAGACGAUAUUCCCGUUCCAUCUCCAAAAAAGGAUUUCCACACUUUGCUUGAAGAGAGAUUAAGGGAAUCUGAAAAUGAAAAGUCAAUCAAUGGUACUAACGCCAAGAAACCGGUGAAAAGACCAUUUUUAAAAAAAGGUCAAGGAUUGGCCAGAUUCAGAUCGGGUGCAGCGGCCUGUAGCAGUUCACAACGCUCAAGGCCACGUACCAUGUCACUGCCUAGUACUGUCAAAAUGGAAAAUGGAAAGAAUGUAAAACCCCAUUCUGAUAAACCUGGGGAAAUAUCAAAAUCUGUGAAGAAGGUAGCCCAAAAAACCGUUUCAGUACAGAAGAAUUGUUUUCCUAACAUUCCGAACAGAGCUCAGAGCAGGUUGAGUCUGAAAAACGUGAAACCACCUGUCAGAGUUCGGAGCAAAUCGAUGUGCAAUCCACGGGAACCACAAAGGGAGAAUAAUACCAAACAUGACACCUCAGACAUUGAAUCUAGGACUAAAAGAGAGCUUGAAGAAGUAAGAAUUUUUGAACUUCUCGAGGAGAAGGCUGAGAAUUCUAGUUUUUGUUCGACAUCAAGCACAGUUGUUGCUUUGCUGCAACAAUCCGUUCAAUCAACGCCACUUAAAUCUAAAAGCGUUAGCAAAAAUAAGGUUUCGACGUUGGCACAGAAAUGGAGAAGUAAAGAGCACGAUAUUAAUGAAGAUUUGCUACUCGCCGAAAUAGUUUACACAACACAGAGCAAUAAUUCUGCUACUUCCUACACGAAACAUCAGCAAAGAGAAAUGUCCGACAAUUCGCCAUUCGGAAGAGACGUAUUAAACUUGGAGAAUCAGGCGACUGAUAAAUAUGAGAUGCUUGAAAUUUUCAACGAAAAUUCAGCUGAAAAUAUCUGUGAACUUCCGUAUGGUACUGAUGUUGAUCCUAAUUACGGAACAGACUAUCAAAUAAGUGAGGAAGCUCAUUGUGAAAAUGAGAGAAAUAUUGACCAUCAAGUUAAUUACGAAAAAAAUACUAGUCUGCAUGUUCGAUUUUCAGAAUAUAACGAGUACAAGACAAUGACUGAUACUUCCACUAUAUCAAUGGUAUCUGAAGCAUCACGAAAUUAUUCUGAUCAGAGGGCGUGGAGCGAUUGUUCGGUCACUACGGAUUCUUCAGAUGCUGAUGAAUCCACUUCUGUUAUCGGAAAUAAUCAAAUUAGAAGCUUGAAGGGCUCCAUGGAGAUGCCAUCCAAAGUUAUCCAACCACGGCAAAUGAAUUCUAAAAAUUACACAAAUCAUUAUUACAAUGACAAUUCAUCUUCAGAUCUAAAUCAAAAUCAGCAAGAAGAGUUUAAUGUUAAAGAACAGUCUGAGGAAAAACAUCGUGAUGAUGAUAUCAAUAUUUCAGAUUCAGCAUCAGAGAACUAUGAUAAAAGUGAAAACUCAGAAAGUGAAAACUCAGAAACUGAAAACGAAGGCUUGUCAUUAGCAGACGCGACUUUGAUCGAAGAAGAGUUGACUUCAAUGCAAACGGGUGAAGAGAAUGGCUUGACAUUCAAAUCAGAGCUUUUAAAAAUUCGAUUACUGGAAUUGGAACGAGAGAUCGAGAUUUUCAGAAAGGAAAAUAUAACAGUAACAACGCUGAAAGAAAAGCUGCAGGAGGAACGAAAAACAUUGGAGCGUAAUUUGAAGGAAAAAGAGGCCCAUUUCGAAGAACGUAAACAAAGGUUGGAGAACGCUACCCAAGAAGAGAGGAAAAGAUUGGCUAGAGAAAAAGCAGCUCUAGAGAAUCGGUUGAAAGAUGCAUACGUCAAGGCUCAGCAAAACAAACAGGAACGGCAAGAAGUUCAAAGUCUGAAAGAUCAAUUAGAGGAAUUGAGAGAUGAAAUGAACCAGAAAGAAAGCAGAUGGAAUGCCGCUCAAGCCAGGCACAGAAGUCAAGUGAGAAUUUUACAGUCGGAAAAUUCAAAGCUGAAGCAGGAAGUUCAGAAACUUCAAAAUACACGAAAAUCAACAACGAAAUUAAGGCUUCAUAGUAAAAGUGUUAUACCUUCAAACACCAAAGCUAUACAUCAAAUAAACAAGGCGUUAGAAUCACAAAAGCAUCUGCCACGAAAGCAGGACUCGUCUUCUGACGAGGAUGCAUUUCUGGUGCAACCAAUGAUGGAGGCGAUGCAUUUGGACGAGUUGAACAAUGAGAAUUGUGACCAAGUGAAUUCCGACGGAAGCAAAAUGAUCGUUUAUGACAGAAGCCAGCUGGGAUCAAAGAAGAGAAACUGUACUGCAAGGAAGCGAGACUUGUAUGAAAACCUACUAAAAGAUGCAACUAUAGGCUUGAAAGAGAAUGAGGAAGCCACGCAGAAGGCAGUCCAAGGCAUGGAAAAUGAAAAGAAUUCAUUUAAAUGUAACGAGCUGAUUGCAAGACCUUUACACGAAGCAAAUCAAGCGAGAGAUUUGUCUGAUAGAAAUAAUUUCGAGCAAAGGGACAGCCUUUCGAAAGGUGAGAGUGAGAGCAUGAUUGGAGAAAUAAUUGACGCCGAUAAUGAAGAAGGAAAUGAUGAUUAUGCCAACAAAAAGAAUUCAUCACUGAAAAGUUCCGCGAGCAGCAAGGAAACCAUAGGUACUUUCAAAAGACAAAAGUCGCCGAAUGACAAGAAUGGGGUGAAAGUAGACAAACAAGGUAUAAAAGAAGUGCGACAUGCAGAUGGUCGCGUUGAGUUCUGGUAUGCAAAUGGCAAUGUCAAGAAAAUUUCUGCUGACGGCAUGGUCACAAAGUUGAUUUACUAUAACGGAGAUGUUUGCGAGAGCAGGGAAGACGGCAGCGUUAAAUACUUUUAUGCCACUACAAGAACCUGGCACACCACAAUGCCCGACGGACUGGAAAUUCUGGAAUUUCCUGAUGGACAGGUGGAAAGGAGAUCAAAGGAUGGAACUGUAGAAGUAUCGUUCCCUGAUGGUUCCGUCAGAAUAUUGCAGUCCAACGGGACAGAAAAAUGGGCUCUCCCAGACGGAACUUUAGCCGAAACUUCAGCAGAUGGUGAAAAACUCCUCAUUUUGCCUAAUGGCCAGCGGGAAGUCCAUACGAAGGAUCACAAAAGGCGGGAGUAUCCGGAUGGAACAGUAAAAUUGGUCUAUCCAGACGGUUCCCAGGAAACACGGUAUGCCGGUGGCAGAGUAAGACUCAAAGACAAAGACGGAAACCUUGUCAUGGACUCGCAGCAUCUGUAACAUAUUAAAAUAGAGAGUUUUUAAGACUGGAUUUAAUUAGUUCGUAGGUAUAUCCAUGUAUAGAUUUAUGUGUAACUAUAUAUGUACAAUCAUCCUUACAUGACAGCAGAGCAUUACCGAGAACUUUACUGUAUUUUUUUCAUAUUUUUAACCAACUCGUUUAUAGUAAUCUGGAGAAAAGUAUUUCAAAACAUUGGAAUACUUAUUUUUUACUUUGUGUAAUAAAAUGAAACUGAUUGAUCUAUGCAUAUUUACCUUUCCAAAUACCUAUACCCACCGCAAUGUCGAGUCUAUAAUAAUCACUCAUCUUAACAUCGACAUGUUACAUGAAAAAAAAAACAUUUUAGGGAAACUGUCUAAGAAAACGUACAAUUUAUCUAUGUAAUAAUAAUGAUAAUAUUAUAUUUUACAUACAAUUUUUUUUUUAAAUACUAAUUAAUAAUUAUUACAAAAAUAAAACUGUGAUAGGAAUGUGUAAACUUGCAAAGAGAAAGACAUAGUAGCGUAUUUUGAGUUUGAGAUUAAAAGAUAUGUAUUUAAUUAUAAUCUGUGCAUUCCUUAAAGAACUUUGAAUUCGUACAUAUGUAUGUAUAUUAGGGUGUG